AUGCUUAUGGACAACCUCCUCAACCGCAAGAUUCAGGUUGAGACAACCGGCAAAGUCCAAGGCCACGACAGUGCGGAGGACGCUAGGGCUGCGGGUGACCUUGUGCGUUUCAAGCUCUCGGAGGAAUGGAAGAGCAUGAAGCUCAAGGGCUGGAAGCUGGAGGGUAAUGAGUUCGUGCCACCUGGUGGAAAGGUGGACGACUUCCAGGGUCAUCUGACCGUGGAAUUCCUCGAGUCUGCUCUCUAG